CCAGCAUCGGGAACGCAAAGCUUGUCAUCAAUGGAGAUGGCGGCCAAGCUAGCCAAGAAUCGCCGUCCUCGACCACGACGAUCACUGCUAACAUGAUGAGUGCAUUCCCGUCCUGGGUGCCGGAGGGAUCAUCGUCGCUGAUUGGGAGCGAGAAUAUGGACAGGGAAGGGCUGGGGAUCAAGCAUUUCCUCAAGGACAAAAACAUCCUCAUCACCGGUGCUACUGGCUUCCUCGCCAAAGUUCUCGUGGAGAAGAUUCUAAGAACACAACCCGACGUCGGCCAUCUCUUCCUCCUCAUCAACGCAAAGUCGAGUCAGAGUGCCAGCGAGAGACUCCGAAAAGAAGUCCAAUGCUCGAGGCUAUUCCAAGUGCUCCAGGACAAGCACGGGGACGAGUACGAAGAUUUCAUCCAGGCCAAGCUUACUGCGGUCGCCGGGAAUGUGGCCAAGGAGGACGUCGGGAUUGACAAGGAUGUUGCGCAAGCUCUGGCCAGCGAAAUCGACGUCAUAGUAAACUCGGCCGCGACCACCAAUUUCAUAGAAAGGUACGACACUGCUUUGGAUAUCAACACAAAAGGUCCCUUCCAUCUCCUCGAGUUUGCCAAGAGGUGCCAUCGCCUCAAGCUUUUUCUUCAUGUAUCCACAGCCUAUGUCAAUGGGAAGCGCGUUGGGCGAGCUCUGGAGAAACCGUUUCGAAUGGACGAGAGCAUUGCGCGGGAGAGCUUGGGCAACGAGAGCGCCCCGCCGCUGAGCGUGGCCCAGGAGAUCGAGUCCGUGUGCAAGCUGUCGUUGUUGGCUCCGGCCCACGACAAAGACGAGGUUGCCCAGCAAACCGCCUUCAUGAAAGAGCUCGGGCUCAAGAGGGCAGCUUUGCAUGGAUGGCAAGACACUUACGUCUUCACAAAAGCCAUGGGAGAAAUGCUCGUCUGUGAGAACCGCCAAGACGUGCCAGUGGUGAUAGUAAGGCCGACGGUGGUCGAGGGGACUUUCAACCAGCCCUUCUCGGGAUGGAUGGAAGGCAUCCGCAUGAUGGAUCCCAUACUGCUAACUUACGGCAAAGGUCAGACGUCGAGCUUCUACGUUGAUCCAAACGGAGUUCUCGACGUGGUUCCCGCGGACAUGGUCGUCAACACGAUCCUGGCGAGCAUGGCCAAGCACGCAGGCAAGAAAGGCUGCCUCAACGUCUACCAGGUGGGAUCAUCCGUCGUGAACCCGCUAACGUUUGACAAGCUCGCAAAGUACACGUACGAGCACUUUCGGUCGCAGCCUUUCGUGGAUCAGAAGGGGAACCCCGUCAUGAUCCCAAAGAUGACCUUCAUCACCAACAAAUACACCUUGUUCCUCUACAACUACUUGCAGUUCAAUCUCCCCGUUCUAAUCUCCAGAUUGUUUCCAUGGUUCCAACGGGAGGACACUCAAAGACGGCUGAAAUACCUCUCGUAUGCCUCGCAGAGAGUGAACCAGCUGAUCGAUACGUACGCGGCGUACACAUUCUACAAAGGAAGAUUCGACAUCUCCAAUCUGGAGAGGCUGUACAAGGAGCUAUCGGCCGAGGAGCGCGACGAGUUUGGGUUCGCGGUGUGGAGCAUCGAUUGGGACAAGUACAUAAAAGACGUCCAUCUCCCGGGCCUCAGGAAGUACACGCUCGAUGGAAACACCGCGUUUCGUCUAUGAUCCAUCUCCUCUCAAUGCUGAAUAAAGGAUGAUUCUUUUGUCCAAA